AUGCCGCGUCGACAACAAGACCCCGGCGACCUGUGUGCCAUUUUCAUCCACGCUGGUGCAGGGUUCCACAGCCUACAAAAUGAGAGAAGUCAUCUCACCGCGGUCAACGAUGCAGCCAAGGUUGGAAUGGCCGUCCUAAGGAACGGAGGUGAUGCUACUGAUGCUGUGGAGAUGGCUAUAAGGCUGCUGGAGGACAGAGAAAUCACAAAUGCCGGCUAUGGAAGCAACUUGACCAUAGCUGGGCAGGUCGAAUGUGAUGCCACCGUGGUCGAUCACUAUGGCCGCAGUGGCGCGGUUGGGGCAAUCUCCCAGGUCAAAAACCCAAUUGCAGUCGCUCACCUUGUUCUUGCCGAAUCCACAAAACAAAUGUCCCUCCAGCGUGUUCCCCCAAUCCUACUGGUAGGCGCUGGUGCGACCGACUUCGCCGCAGAUAACGGUAUCGCAAUUCUUCCUCAUGACUACCUAGUCUCGAAAAGUGCGCGUGAGAGGUGGAUCAAAUGGAUCAACGAUCUUGCAGACGUCUCUCAGACGGAGGCGGCGAGAGAAGAUCAGAACCAGCUGUACCAGUCGACAGAACCACCAGAUGAAUGGGGUCGUACUCCGACGCCGGCUGCUACUCCCCCCAGCCCCAGGGUAUCACCUCCUACCCAUGGGAGACAACUCAGCCUCUCACAGAUGCCUUCUAUGAGACGCCCAUUGAUGGCCUCGACUGCAGAUGUACCCACCUUAUCACACCCUGGGGGAACCGAGAACCCAGGACAUGGCCCUUUGGUCUCUCCUUCUCAGCCUGCAGCUCAGCAAAACAGGGCGGACGGAAACGCAUCUCAUGAUUCCCUGGAGGCUGGUUCUGAUGACAGUCUUCAGUGGUUGGCGUCUUCUUCCAAGCGUCAGAAGCUAGGCGGUUCUUUCGAUGGGCUGUCCAGCGAGGCAAUCAAUCUUACCGCCCAAGAUCAAUCGAAAGCAUCGUUGCGCACGCCAAGAUCUGCUUACCGUGACAACGACCGGGAAGAUGACAUAAGUGACACAGUCGGCGCCAUUGCAAUUGACUGCUUUGGGCGGAUUGCUGCAGGCGCAUCGUCGGGAGGAAUUGGCAUGAAACACAAGGGCCGGUGUGGUCCGGCCGCUCUUGUUGGCGUCGGCUCUGCUGUGAUCCCUAUUGAUCCACAGGAUCCCACUCAAACUUGUGUAGCCACAGUCACCAGUGGGACAGGUGAACAUAUGGCUACAACGAGUGCCGCCGCCACGGCUGCCGAUCGGAUCUACAGUUCGGUGCGCAAAGUACAAGGACAACUCGAAUCGUGCAACGAAGAUGAAGCGAUGAGUUCUGUCAUCAAGAACGACUUCAUGGGUCAUCCUGGUGUCAUCAACAGCCAUUGUCCUGGCGCCAUUGGAAUUCUAGCAGUCAAGAAAAGCCGUGACGGGAUUUACUUUUAUUUCGGCCACAACACCGAUUCGUUUGCCAUUGCCUCGAUGCAUUCUGAAGAGACAAAGGCAGUAUGCACCAUGUCAAGAAGCCAAGGCCACGGGUCCAUUGCCCAGGGAGGCCGAGUUUCUCGAGCAAAACACAGUCAUUCGCGUUGA